UGUGCCCGGGCGGGGAGGGGUGGCGCAGGGUGGGGGCGAGCGUGGGGCGGGGGGGCCGCGGGAGCCGCUCCCUCCUUGCCCAGCCUGGCCCGGCAGAGGCGGCGGCGGGAGGAGGAGGAGGAGGGCGGAGAGCGCAGACAUGGCGGCCAACAUGUACCGAGUGGGAGAUUAUGUUUAUUUUGAAAAUUCUUCCAGCAAUCCGUAUCUCAUUAGGAGAAUUGAAGAACUUAACAAGACUGCCAAUGGAAAUGUGGAAGCAAAAGUGGUGUGUUUUUACAGGCGAAGAGAUAUUUCCAACAGCCUUAUAAUGCUUGCAGAUAAGCAUGCUAAAGAAGUUGAAGAAGAGUCUGAAACUACAAUUGAGGUUGAUUUGACUGAUAAACAGAAACAUCAGUUGAAGCACAGAGAGCUCUUCCUUUCUCGCCAGUAUGAGUCCCUUCCGGCAACGCAUAUCAGGGGAAAAUGCAGUGUUGCACUUCUGAAUGAGACAGAAUCUGUGCUGUCAUAUCUGGAGAAAGAGGAUACUUUUUUUUAUUCAUUGGUAUAUGAUCCAUCACUGAAAACGCUUUUAGCAGACAAGGGAGAGAUCAGAGUGGGGCCUAGAUAUCAAGCAGAUGUGCCAGACAUGCUUGCAGAAGGAGAAUUAGAUGACAGAGAACAGGCAAAGCUGGAAGUAAAAGUAUGGGAUCCAGAUAGCCCCCUUACUGACCGUCAGAUUGACCAGUUUUUAGUUGUAGCACGUGCGGUUGGCACAUUUGCUCGAGCGUUGGACUGCAGUAGUUCUGUCAGGCAACCUAGUUUACACAUGAGUGCAGCUGCUGCUUCCCGAGACAUCACGCUGUUUCAUGCAAUGGAUACACUGCAUAAACACAACUAUGAUUUGACCAGUGCCAUCAGUGUUCUAGUGCCAGUUGGAGGGCCUGUCUUGUGUAGAGAUGAAAUGGAAGAGUGGUCAGCAUCAGAAGCUAGUUUAUUUGAAGAGGCAUUGGAAAAGUAUGGCAAGGACUUCAAUGACAUUCGACAAGACUUUCUCCCUUGGAAGUCGCUGACUAGCAUCAUUGAGUAUUAUUACAUGUGGAAAACCACUGACAGAUAUGUGCAGCAGAAACGUCUGAAAGCGGCUGAAGCAGAAAGUAAAUUGAAACAAGUAUACAUCCCCACCUACAAUAAACCAAAUCCCAAUCAAAUAUCCGGCAACAAUGGGAAACCUGCUGCAGUCAAUGGAGCGAUGGGAGCCUCAUAUCAGGCACAGGCUUCAAUAAUAGGUCGGGCUUGUGAAAGUUGCUAUACUCCACAGUCUCACCAGUGGUAUUCUUGGGGUCCUCCUAAUAUGCAGUGUAGAUUGUGCGCAUCGUGCUGGAUUUAUUGGAAAAAAUAUGGUGGCCUGAAAAUGCCCACACAGACAGAUGAAGAUAAACUGUCUUCCAGCCAACCUACAGAGGAGUCCCAUGUUAGAACUCAUAUGUCCCGGCAGGCCACACAGGGAACUCCAGUUCGUAACACUGGAAGUCCAAAGUCAGCGGUGAAAACACGUCAAGCUUUCUUUCUUCACACAACGUGUUGGACAAAACUGGCCCGUCAGGUCUGCAAAAAUACCCUCCGGCUGCGGCAGGCAGCAAGACGUCCCUUUGUCCCUAUUAACUGUGCUGCCAUUAAGGCAGAAUAUGCAGAUCGACAUUGUGAAGUUGCUGGAAAUCCUCUGAAGAUCAAAAGCACCAGAAAACCACUGUCAUGUAUCAUUGGGUAUUUAGAGAUUCAUCCUGCAGUGAAACGCAAUGUAAUCAGGUCAACACCAAGCCUUCAGAGUCCAAGUGCAAAACGACUGCUUGCACCCUCCAGUCACUCUUCACUAAGUAUUUUGGGAAAAAGAAACUACAGCCAUCAUAAUGGUCUUGAUGAAUCAUCCAGCCAUACAACAAGAACAAUAAUGCAUGCUGCUCCUCAUGUUCAUAUGACUAAUGGUAAGGCCUUGCAAGCCAGUGCAAGUGCCAUUAAGACAAGCACCAUUCCAGUGAUCAAGAGACAGAGGCAAAAUUGGCUUGAUGCUUCAGAUGAUGGUUUCUUUAUAGCUACAGAAGAGACCAGAAAAAUCCGUAAGAAGUUCACCAGAUCACAGCUGAAAAGAGCUUCCAGAACACCUUGUUCUCCAAUCAUUGCAAAGAUAAAGUCUCUCAUGAACAAUAGGCAGGCACGAACAGAGCCAGGAACUAUCAUGCACUGAAGAUAUAACAGCAUCAGCACCAUAAUCAUGUCAGAAUCAUGUUUACUUGUGAAUGCAGAUACAACAGGAGACCACAUCUUCGAGACAGAAGCACUGUAUGGACAGAUUGUGGCUGGGUUCUGUGUUCUGGGUAGGAUCCAACAGCAGCCCUUGUUUUCCCUCAUCUCUGCAAGGGAUACUUCUGGUUCACUGUGCAGGCCUAUCGCAGAUUGUCCUGCCAUUCCCUCCAUUCCCAGUCAUCAGUGUUGGCUGGUCAGGGAGGGACUGUUUGCACUGGCCACACCGAAGGAGUAUGGAUGCAGAGUCCACCCACCACAUAUGUCUAUGCCUUCUAGUGGCUUGAUAUAAAAAUAUGCAGCUUUCAAAACUGUUGCAGUGUCAUUAAAGUGGGAUUUAGCCUUGAGGGGCUUGCAUUUUCAAAAACAGCUGCGAACUUUGGGUGUUCGUACUUUUCAGUAUUGGCUUGAGUCACUUUGGAUUUGAUUUUCUAAACUGCUGAGCAUCCAGACCCUGAAAUGAGGACAAGGAGUUGUUUAGCAGUUCUGAAUCUUAGACUAAUUAGGAAAUGCCCAUAAUUAGUGGCCAAUUUUCAAAAUGCCGGCCACAUUAGCUUUGAUUAAAAUCCUGGAAAGUAUUAUGUGUGACAGUGAACAUCCAGCUGGACUAGUUGCCUGUGUAGGAACUGGUCCCAUUGUCUAUAUAUUUGCAAGCAUUCACCUAUUUCUUUGGGUAUUUUUUGCAUUUCUUGAAGCCUAUUCUGAAUAGUGAAAACCAGCAAAACGCCAUUCCCAGGAAAAAUAAUGAAGAAAUACAGUAUUUCCUAUUAGAAAUGUCUCUCCACAAAAUAAUUUCUACGUUUUGGUAUGUCUGGAUAAAAAGAUGUCUUGCAGAAUGCUUUGAAGUUCGUAAUUGUAAGGCUGCAGGUGGAUACUUACCAUGGAGAGAUGAUGUGCCUUUUGAAACUACUUGUAGGAAACUGUCCGUCCCUCUGAAAGUGGGAAUGGCAACAGAGGCAGGUCUUUUUUCUACUCAGGUACUUACAGGUGAACAAUCUCUGCCCUACUUUGAAAUCAAGAGGCAACCAGUGUGUAGCACUGCUGUGUAAACCUAGUUGGGAUAUGUUAAUUAUCUGAGGCAAGUUGUGUCCUUCAAUAGGUUUGUUUUCCAUAUGGCUUUUUAAGAGGUAGUCAGACAGUCAUAGUAAGCUGAGAUGAACUUGAAGACUUUUUUUCCUGUCUCUUUACUAAGUGGCUCUAACAAUAUAGUAUAGAUGUGAGGUUUUCAUCCAGUUGUGGAUGUGCACUCAGCUCUGUGGUUAGAAAGACAAAGAUGUAAGUGGUGUCUCACACUUCUGGGUGAUUCCCCAAAAAUUAUUUCCCCCUCAUGCGAUUUAUGGUUUCAGCCUGAAAGAGACUCUGUGGUCUCAGCCUAUAACUAGCCAUACUCUCUGUGUAGGAUUUUGGGCUCUUGAGACUUGAUCUCAGAUGCUGCUUCAAAAAAGAAAGCACCUUGACCUCCUGAAGGGACUUCCUGAUGAUUUUCUGGAGUGAUGGAUCCAGGUCUUGUCCACUGUCCUUCACCAGCAAGAAAAGGGUGAAUAUGAAGGAGAGAUUUUGACAUGAAGUGCUCCUAGUACCCUGAGCACCCUAGUGAAUGUCACUGAUUUGGACUCAAUUGGAGAAGACCUGGGAUUCAUCUGCUUAUGGAUCUUUCCAGUAGCCGCUGAAGUGUGCAGCCCUAGGAGUUUUCUUCUAGCCACAUGAUAUGCUUUUCCUCACAACAGGAGGGCUUUUCAUCAGUUAACUGAAUGGAGACAACCUAUUCUUAUUAGUAAGAAUUGCCUUUAUUAACUAGGACAUACGGAAACACCUUCUGUGUAAUAGCUUCCUCACCCAUUAAAAUAAAGAAAACAUGAUUAUUCAGCAAUCUGUUUGACUGAAAGUAUGAAAAACAUGAACAGAAAGAGCUUUGUCUCCCUCAGGCAUCAGUGAAAUCACACACAGCAGACUCAUUUUCAAAGUGUCAUUAGCUGUAAGGUGGUGGAUUUUUUACUCUGCCUUAUUAAGCUUGUACUCAAAUUAUUUCUUUUAGUCAGUGUGCUACGGUGUCUAGCCAGUAUUUUGUAAAAUCUCUGUGUGUUUCUGCUUUUGACAAAAGUGGUAUCUGUAACAGUCUGAUGUGAAGUCAUUUUUUCUUCUUUCCCUCUGAGGAGAGAGAGAUUGGUAACACGACUCCCUGUUACACAGCCAGCUGCCUGAUACCCUUAUCUUUUGCAUCACGUGCCCAAGGUAAGGAAGAAUCCUUUGCAGCUUCAAGCUGAGGUGCUUCAUCUGGAUAGACUGGAAACAGCGCUGUGCCCCCCCCCGCCUGGCAGAGUCAUUUCACAGGUUGCAAUAGCCGACCCUCGGGGUGGGUAAGGCACGGAGGAGACUGUUUGCUGGAAUAACUUCUGCUCCGUCUUUAAGCUGUUUCGCAUGCAGCUGCACAGAGACUUUCCCUCCCCGAAAAUGCUCACAGUGCGCAGAGAAACUGCACGCCAUGUAUUGCACCUUUCUCUUUACCUGCUCUCUCUCUGUCUUACCUUUCCUACAAGAUGUUCUCCAGAGAUGGAUACAGGAUUUGCCUGUGAAUUUCAACCAAAAGCGUUGAUGGAAGAUUAGCUGAAGACAUGUUCCUGCUGGGUUUUGGCAUAAAGAUUUAAUUUUUUGUAGAAACUGUGACACUCCUCACCACAAUGUCACACAGUUCCAUGCUUUUUGUUGAGUUAAAGAUUUUUCCACUGACUGUGAGCAAAGAUGACACAUUCCUGUGUAAACUGUUACAGCAUAUCCACGGCAAAUCAGAGCUCAGUACUGUUUUUAUCAAGCUUCCCAAGAUAGUUAUUUAAAAACUAGCUAACAUUUAUCAGUCAUCAACAAUGACAUUGAGUAUAAACAUAAGCCUCAGAAGCAAGGACAAGAAGUUUGGUACUUACCAUGGUUGUGAGCUAGAGAAUCUUGGCAGCAUCAGAACUGCAUUUGCAAUAUGAUUUAUUUUCCUGUUGGCUAAAUAAGAAAUCUAUCUGAAAAUCUGCCUCUCCUCUUACAGAUAUGGGGCUAGAAAUCCAUGCAAAAUGCACGAUCUUUCUUUUUGUCCAGAGCUCUCACAUAAAAAGUAGGAAGAUUGUUUUAAUGUUUAAAAUGUCUAUGUUGCUGAUUUCAACUAUAUAGCUAUUCUGCUCUCUUGAAAUAUUUGUGUGUUGUUUUCAGAUCAUUUUUAAAGGCCACUACUUAGUGAUGGAAGCUUUGGUUUUGUAGGAUGGGAAAAUGAGGUUUUGAAAUAUUGAGACUGCUUGAAAUGUGUUGGUGAUAUGAGAAAAAACAACAUCUUUUAAACCAGUGUUUUGAUUAAGGGCAAAUACAGCCUUCAUUUCUGCAGUCCAAACCUUGCAGCAUGUUAUGAAAAACUGGGUAUUGAAACUGAAAUGAAGAACAAACAAGCAGUAGAAGCGGUGAAAUGGAAUCAGCACUUACAGAACGUACACUUUUUAUUACUCUAAAGUAAGAUAUAUUUUUUUUUUAAUAAAUAUAGUUUCAACACAGGUACUUUCCUAAUUAUGAAGGCUUAAAUAAAAUGGAAUGGCUGCACAGUAGUUUCUGAUAUAGUCACAGCAUAACAUGCCACAGCCUUGUGCAGAGAACAAUUAUAGUCUUUCAGAAAUAUUAUAUUGCAAAGUGCGAUAUAGUAGACACAAUGUCUUUAUGUAUGUGUACUGCUAUGGUAAUGGAAGUGUUAGAAUCCUCUGGAAAUUUCAGCAAAAUAAUAUUCAUUUUUCAUUUUCUCUUGAAGGUCCUUUAUAUAAACCUGUGUCUUCAUAAGCCAGAGUGGGUGUCAAGAGAUCUGAGUUUAUAUAACUGCACAGUGGAAUUUUUUGGAGUAAGUCAGGACUUUUUUAUUCAAAUGUUGCAUGUUGAGGGAGGAAGCCUAAUUUUGGAAUACAUGGGUUUUGGAUAAGAGUUUUGAGGUUGUACUAUAUAGUGAUCAACAAAUUUGCAGAAUAUGCUCCUGUUGCUCAUAAAGAUUUAACAGUUGGUAUUGAAAUACAGUAUUGAUUAAAUAAAAAAGAGAAUCAUUAAAGAGCUGUCUGUUUAAAAUUCUCUUAUUUAGACUAAAAGUAAAUUUCUCAAGGGAAAUUUGGUAAAACUGGGAAGUUCAAUGUUGAGUGUUUGAGGAUGUGAAGCACCUUAGAAUGAAACAUAGUACUAUUUGAUUUGCA